AUGAGGGGCGAAUAUCUGGGCCUGGCACGGAUAGCCUUACUACUGUUGCAGUCGUCAUUCGUACUUAGUCGAAUCGCAUUCGAGAAGCUGACGGAUGUCGAUUUUUCGGGCACUGCGUACUACACCGUGCGAAACCUCUCACUCUACGAGUGUCAGGGAUGGUGCAGAGAAGAACCAGACUGUCAGGCUGCGUCUUUUAGUUUCGUGUUGAAUCCGUUGACUCCAGUGCAAGAGACGCGGUGUUUGUUGCAAAAUGACACCCAAGCAAAUAAUCCUAUGGCCAUACCGCAGCGUUCAGUCAACACAUACUACAUGGUGAAACUCCAAGUGCGGUCAGAAAAUCUGUGCCUCCGGCCUUGGGCAUUCGAAAGGGUGCCAGGCAAGGCGCUCCGGGGACUGGACAAUAGUAUUAUCUACACCUCCACUAAGGAGGCCUGCCUCGCUGCCUGCCUCAAUGAGAAAAAGUUCCCGUGCCGUUCUGCGGAAUAUGAGUAUGGUAGCAUGAGAUGUGCGCUCAGUGAUUCAGAUCGACGCACUGCGCAACAUUUUGUGCAACUAGUCGAUACACCUGGCACUGAUUACUUUGAGAAUUUGUGCCUGAAGGCGUCUCAAGCGUGCAAGGGGCCAAGAAUAUUUACCGCGCCGCGUGUAGGUGUCGCCGAAGACAAAGUGGCCCAGUAUGCCAGUCUACACUACUACACUGACAAGGAGUUACAGGUGACGUCGGAAUCUGCCUGCAAACUGGCAUGCGAGAUCGAAUCGGAGUUUCUUUGCCGGUCAUUCCUCUACCUAGGCGCACCUCAUUCAGCCGCAUACAACUGCCGUCUCUACCAUCUCGACCAUCAUACACUGCCUGACGGGCCAUCCGCAUAUCUUAAUGCUGAGCGACCGCUUAUUGAUGACGGCGAGCCCAUCGGAAAAUACUUCGAGAACUUUUGCGAGAAGCCACCUGCCAAUCCGAGUGGUGAAUUGCCUGUCACAAUAGAACACCAACAGGACACGAACAUGUCCAGCAACUUAUCGAGGAACGACGCCAACUGUGACAAGACUGGGACUUGCUACGACGUAUCGGUGCACUGCAAGGAUACGAGGAUCGCAGUGCAAGUCCGCACGAAUAAGCCUUUCAAUGGAAGAAUUUAUGCACUCGGUCGCUCGGAGACAUGCAAUAUCGAUGUUGUGAACAGUGAUCUAUUUAGAUUGGACCUCACGAUGGCCGGGCAAGAUUGCAAUACACAGAGCGUCACUGGCGUAUAUUCCAACACGGUUGUCCUUCAACAUCACAGCGUGGUAAUGACAAAAGCGGACAAGAUCUACAAAGUGAAGUGUACAUACGACAUGAGUUCGAAGAACAUCACAUUUGGAAUGGUGCCCAUCAGAGACCCCGAGAUGAUAUCGAUCACUGCGGCACCCGAGGCGCCGCCACCGCGUAUCCGCAUCCUGGACAGCCGCCAGCGAGAAGUGGAGACCGUGCGAAUCGGAGACAGGCUUACCUUCCGCAUCGAGAUACCCGAAGACACUCCGUACGGCAUUUUUGCACGCAGCUGUGUUGCAAUGGCGAAGGAUUCAAAGAGCACCUUCCAGAUUAUCGACGACGAAGGAUGUCCAGUUGAUCCUUCGAUAUUCCCAGCGUUCUCACCCGACGGCAACGCUCUCCAGUCAGUGUACGAAGCAUUCAGAUUCACUGAAUCUUACGGUGUCAUAUUCCAGUGCAACGUCAAAUACUGCCUUGGACCUUGUGAGCCUGCAAUGUGCGAAUGGGGAAGAGAAUCGAUUGAGUCCUGGGGCAGAAAGAGACGUUCGUUGCCUCAGAACGAAACAGGUGAACCGCACAACCAAGAGGAAGAUAUGAAUAUCUCCCAAGAGAUCCUAGUUCUCGAUUUUGGUGAUGAGCGACAGAGCACUGACUUCUUAAGGUCAGAUAAGCCAGUUACGAUUGUAGAGCCAUGUCCCAGCAAGGCUUCGGUGUUAUUACUGGGAGUUGCUUGUGCACUCUUAGUGCUCUUAUACAUCGCCACAAUCUUUUGCUAUUACAUGCGUAAAUGGCUGACACCUCCGAAGCAUAUGUCAUAAUCUACUUUAUCCAAGGGGCCAUAGCAAUAAUUUGCGGUCUUAAACAAAUUUCGUAACGUUCCA